AUGGACAACAACUGCCGGGCGGUUUUCUUUGGCCAACGUAGUGCAGUUCUUUUAUUGGUACUGUUAUUGUCGUGUGUUGCCAUUGUUGUUGUUGAAGUGGUUGGUGGUGCGGAAACAAAGUUUGCUAGAUAUACAGUUUCGAAUUUUGCUGGAUAUUCUGAUGAAUUUGGAAAUGGAGGUGAGGCUAUUGAUGCCACUCUGGCGUAUCCGUACGAUAUGUUCUUUUCAUCGCAGAAGAAUAGUCUUUAUUUCACUGACCAUUAUCGCCGUGCUGUUCGAAAGGUGUCAUUGACAGAUGGAAAGAUAUCCAUCUUCCAAAAUGAUAAUGGCAACUAUGAAUACAAAGGAAUUGCAGGUAAUGACUAUUUUAUUUACUAUACUUUUGGAAAUGGUGUUUACGCCACUAAUAUCGAUUUUCUUUCCCCUUCGAUUUUUGUGGCUGGAUCAGAUACGGCAGGUUUCUCAGGAGAUAAUUCAUUGGCAAAGAGUGCUCUAUUGAAUAAUCCUACAGGUCUUUUCUAUUCAGCAUUUGAUGAGUGUCUUUAUGUGUGUGAUAGCGGAAAUCAUGUUAUUCGAAAGAUUGAUACCAAUACUAAUGUUAUUACUACAAUAGCAGGAAAUGUAAAUACUAACAAUACAUUCUAUGGAGAUGGAAUUCUUGCUUUGAAUGCUUCUUUUAGUUAUCCUCAAGGAAUCUAUGUUUCACAAUCGAGUGGUGAAAUUUUUGUUUCAGAUUCCGGAAAUAACAGAAUACGAAAGAUUUUGACAAACGGAACUAUUGUAACUCUAGUUGGUACUGUAAAUAUUGGGUUUGAUUCUGAUUCAAGUGGACUUUCAACCACUUUGAAUAAUCCAACUAAACUCUGGAUGAACAAAUUGGAAACUGAGUUGUACAUUGCGGAUACUGGUAACAAUAGAAUUAGAAAAUAUGACACAUUGAGUGGAAUGGUAACUACAAUUGCAGGUGGUGGCACCAGUGAUAAUAUUAGUAUUCAAGCAACUCAAGCUCAAUUAUAUGAACCGCGUUCAAUUAUGAGAAAUCCAUUCACUGAAGAGUGGUACAUUCUCGAGAGUAGGGCUGAUAGAAUUAGUUUGCUUUCUCAAACUGGUACAAUUUCAAGAUUUUGUGGAUCUCCUUUUGAACCAUCUUUUAACUCUGAUCCUUUCAGUAUUAGAUUGACCAAAACUUAUGGAGUAACAAAAGUUCAGAAUGUACUCUAUUUAACACAAAGUUUGACUCACUCAAUAUUACAAAUUAAGAAUUCACAAGUAUAUUCAUUCGGUAAAGGAGAAGCAGGAUUUGCAGGAGAUGGCCUUGUUUUAGAUUCAAAUACUCAAUUCAAUAACCCAACUGCUGUUGCUUUUUCAAGUGGAACCAAAGCAAUUUACAUUGCUGAUACAUACAAUCAUAGAAUUAGACGAAUUGAUCCAAUUACCAAUAUUAUUACAACAAUUGCUGGAACAGGAAGUCCUGGAUAUAAUGGAGAUAAUAUUUUGGCAACAAGUGCAAAAUUGAACAACCCUCUUGGUGUGAGUGUUUGGUACGAUAAUCAAACAAUGACAGAUAUUGUCUAUAUUGCAGAUACUUUUAAUAACAAAAUGAGAAGAAUCAAUUCAAAUGGUUUUAUUGAGACUCUUAUUGGAGUUGGUAAUCGACCAGGUAAAAAUAAUCAGCAACUUUGGCAUCCUCACUCAGUUUCAGUAUCAUUCGAUGGUAGAGUUUUCACUGCAGAUAGCGAAAACAAAAGAAUCAUGCUCACAUUAGCUGAUAACUCAACUAGUACUUAUUUAACUUUAACCAACAAAAUUACUGCAGUGGCCACUUUUAAUAACUAUUUACUGGUAACCUUUGGUACUAACGUUUUUCAAUAUGACACAACAAAAGAUCUAUCAGAUAAUCUAAUUAAUUCUGCCAAUGAUUUCGCAAAUCCACAAGCAAUUGGAUAUUCAGAUAAUGGAACUGAUAUAUUUGUUGCUAAUACUUUUGAAUAUGAAAUUAAUACUUUCAAAGCUGGAGAUUCAGCUUUUUCAGCACUGAGAAAUGUUGGUAAUUAUAUUGUUAAUCAAGAUAAAACAUUAGCCACCAAGAUGAAAGUAGAUACCUUUGGAAAUACCAUGUACUUUUGGAAUUCUGAAUUAUAUUUUACAGUUUUUAACAUUAUUUACAAAAUCAAAACAGAUGGAAAGAUAGAAAGAGUAAUUGGAUCUUAUAGUAUUGCCACCGAAAAUCCUGAUUCCUACGAACGAAUUGCUCUUAUUCCUUCAGACUUUGUAAUUAAGAAUGGCAUUAUUUAUUCUUCUUCUUUUCAAAGUAUCCGUAUGAUUGAUCCCUCAAACAAAUCCAUUUCAAUAUUUGCCGGAUCGUCCAGUAGUUCCAACUUUGCAGAAAAUAUUCCUGCACUCAAUACUACUAUGAAUUGUUAUAGAAUAGCAGUUGAUAACGAAUAUUUGUACUAUUUUGAUUUGGCCACUGCAAAGAUUAGAAAGAUUUCAUUUUCGACGAGAAUGGUGACCACAGUUGCUGGAGGCUCACAAAGUGUUAGUAAAACAUCUCCAUCAGUCCCUCUUGAUUCACCAGUUUUCGCCAAUGCCAUGACAGUUUCACCUCUUGAUAAGCGAAUUUAUUUCUUGGACGAUACCAGUUACUAUCUCAAAACUAUAACCUCAACUUCCAUUAAUUACCUCGGAACUGUUAAAAAAACUGGUUUAGCCAUUGCUUCUGAUGGAACUAUUUUUGUGGGAGGAAGUUUGGGAGUUUCUCGUUUCCAAACUGGUGGUACUUUCACAAACAUUACACUGCCAUUCCUUUCUGCUGAUCCCUCUCGUAUUAUUUAUGGAGAAAAUGGAGAGCUCUACGUUUCUGAAAGGAGAAAUAUUUACAAACUAACACCAUAUUGUGAUAGUGGAUAUUCUUUGAACAUUACAACAUGUACACCAAUUUGUUAUGGAGCUGUUGGAUCGAGUUCAUGUGGUGGCCCACUUCAAGGAAGCUGUAUUGCUCCAGAUACUUGUCAAUGUUCUUCUACAUGGAGUGGUUCUCAAUGUUUAAUUUCAACUCCAGUAACUUUGAAUUCAACAAGUACUAGUGGUGGAAGAGUGGAUAGCAAUAAUGGACAAAUCGUUCUUAUUGCAGUUCUUGUACCUGUGUUAGUUGUGCUGUUCAUUACAAUUUUGAUAGUUGUAAUUGUUGCAUUUGUGAUUGCUUAUAUGAAACUCAAGAAACAAGGAUCAACUGUAACCAAUUCUGUUGUGAAAUCUCGUCAAAACUUUGAAAUGAAGGAUGCUAAUGCCAGCACUUUUGAUCAAAUUUCUGAUUUCCCAACAGAUGACAGCUUUUUCAGACCUCUCAGCAGUAGCAUGUCUUCUGUUACAAAUAGUGAAGCAACAUUUGAUCCUCUCUCUAGAUACAAAGAAUUAACCAAGAUUGGACAAGGAGCAUUUGGAAGUGUCUUCAAAGCAUUUGACACCAAAACAAACAAGACCAAAGCUCUGAAAAUUAUUAAAUUUAAAAGCUUUGGAGAGUUGAACGCAAUCAUGAAAGAAGGAAUGCAAUUGAUGAAUAUCAGUCAUCCAAAUAUUCUGAAAGUGAAUGAUUUAUUUGUGGACAAGCAGGAAAUUCUCUGCAUGGAUAUGGAAUUUUAUGAGAAGGGAGAUUUAUCUGCAUUCAUCAAACCUGAAACUCCUUUCUGUGGUGAAGUCAUUGUCAAACAAAUAGUGUAUCAAAUGUGUAGUGCUUUGGAUUUUGUUCACUCCAAUUUGAAGGCCAUCCAUCGUGAUGUUAAAUUGUCCAAUAUUUUCAUUAAGAGUAUUGAUGAUACAAGUAUUCAUACUAUUCUUGCUGAUUUUGGUCUUGCAAAGGACAAUCAUGCAUCAGCUAUGCAAUCAUAUGCAGGAACUCCACUUUACAUGAGUCCUGAACUUGGAUUGGGAGCUAGUUAUAAUUCCAAUACUGAUAUUUGGAGUUUGGGAGUAACAAUCUACCAACUCAUGACAAAGGAUAACACAACAGCCAUCAGUCACAUGUACCUCUCAAAGGAUGAAAAACAAGUUUGUGAAAUUCUCCACGACAAGAUGAAACAAACUUCUAAUUAUUCAGAAGAACUCAUUUCCAUCUGUUUGAAAAUGCUCACCAAAGAUUCAUCAUCAAGACCAAGUGCCAAGGAUAUCCUCAAAGAUCCUUACUUUUCAAAGUAAAUAAAAUCAUAUUUUUAUCUUGAA